GUUGGCCUCCAACUCCUGGGCCAAGGAGAAGGAUAGGAAAAGGCGCUUGGCUGGCUACCACAUCAAGGUGGGUGACCGGACCAUGAGCGAAUACGGCAGAGAGGUUUUUCGGAUGAAGGAGGAAGCCGCCUGGAUACAGCCGCUGCAGAAACUGGGAUGGCUGAUGGUGGAAGCACCAGCGGUCUCCGAAAGUGUGAGAACCAUCAGUGCCGGCUUGGGCCAGAGCAGGUUGCAACAGAUCUGGAUCUGCAAAAUGCUCUCCGACGUAGAGGAGUUGCUUACCAUGCAGCUGCAGCCAUGCCAGCUGAGAAAAGGCGUCGAGCAGGAGAAGGGCCUCCUCCUCCGCCUCCAGAGCCGGCCAAAGGGCGGCGUGCUGAGAAGAAAGCUUCGAAGCCAAAAGGCCGCCGCGCUAGCGCAUCAAGCAGGAGCCUUGGUCAUCAUUGAGAAUCCAGAGAACUCCCUCAUGUGGCUGCUCGAUAUCGGUGUGAGCGAAGUGAAGAAGAAGACGAAAAGGAUCAUGUACGGUGUCUUCCACACACCUGACGAGUUUUUGGAGCGGGCCUUAGAGUUGGAGCACCCCUUUGACUGCCCAGAUGCUGUGAGUCGGGAAAAUCGUGUGGCAAUACAGUGGGUCAUGAGCGAGGAGCCGGAGCUGGUUGCCAAGUGUGAGCAGCUGGCGAAGGGAUGGCUCACUGGGCCCUACACUGAGGAGCAACUCGACCUCAGGCAUGGUGGAACUUGGUCUGGGAAGAUUCGGUGUAUCGAUGAUUGCAGCGAGUUUCUGGUCAACAGCUCCACUUCGGUGCCCGAGAAAUUGGACCUCGAGGCUGAGUUGCUUCGGGUGGUGGUUGCGAAAAGAUGCAACGCCAUGCUUGACACGCAGUUCCAAAUGUGGAACUGGUACUCCCGAGUGCCCAGCGCUUCCAACCCUUCGGAUGCCGCUUCACGGCUGGAAUUCAAAGGAUAUGAUGGCUGGAGGAAGGUGACUCCAGACUAUUCGGAUCACGCAGCUUGA